AUAAACUUCCUAGCAAAACCGAGAAUGAAGGCCUUCAGUGUUGCAGUUGCAGUGGUGGUCGUCCUCGCAUGUAUGUUCAUCCUUGAAAGCACUGCUGUUCCUUUCUUCGAGGUGCGAACGGACGAGGUUGGAAGCAUUGACAGUCCAGUUGGGGAACAUCAACAGCCGGGCGGCGAGUCCAUGCGUCUGCUGUUGGCCGGGAUACAGGAGCAUUUCAGGUUCAAGCGUCAGAGCCACCUCUCCCUGUGCCGUUGGUGCUGCAACUGCUGUCACAACAAGGGCUGUGGCUUCUGCUGCAAAUUCUGAAGACCUGCCUGCAAUAAAACCAUCUUAUUAACUUAUUGCCUUUAAUUUCCCCCCUAUUCUUCUACAUUUCCUUUGGACUCUGUGGAGAAGAUGCAAUCUCAUUGAUGUCUUUCUCACUGCAACCUCAGUCUUGUACAUAAAUGUUUUGUAUCAUGUUG